AUGCAACAAAAACAUUAAAUAAUUUAGAUUUAGAAUAUGUGCAUAUUCUAGGCAAAUAAAGUCAUGAGUGUAAGCAUUGUUCAAUACUUUGGUGAGCAGUCCAGCAAAUGCGGCUAUUGCACUGGAACCGAUUGCAAUAAAAGCCACGGUAUGCAUGCAUAUCGCUUGGAUUGCACCGACUACCAGGAAUUAAUUGAUCGCGGGUGGCGACGCUGCGGCAACUACUGCUAUAAGCCGCAAAACGAUAUUACAUGCUGUCCCUGUUACACCAUAAAAUGCAAUGCCCAGGAGUUUAAGCUGAGCAAGUCGAACAAGCGCAUAUUGCGUCGCAUGAACAAGUUUUUGCGCGAUGGCAAGUGUGAGUCUAGCGAUGGAGUGCCCUCGAAACAGGGGGCAAAGGAUGGUAAUGGCGAUGACGUCGACAUUGAGGUCAAUGCUGCUGAACCGCAACCCCAGCUGCCUGACAAUAAGCCAUCGGUGAUUGAUAUAGACCGCGUGGAGACACUGUUCAAGACACAGGCGGAAGUGCUUAAGAACGAAGUGCAAACGCCGGCAAAUGCUGAGCAGCUGAUAGCACUGCCCACAAACAACAAACCUGUAUUAGAUAAUUCAAAGGCGCCGCCGCGCAAGAAAGCUAAGCAACUGCGCCUGGAACGCAGAUUGGCCAAGUACGGCGUGCUCGAGCAGGCGCAAGCCAAGAAAGUAAACGAGGAGAAAAACUUGCGAGAUUUCUUGUACUCCACUUGUGAAACAGACAAACACAAGCUAAAGUUGCGUUUGGUCCACGUCGAUGGUGAGGAGUUUAAGCGUACGCUGCCACAAAGCUAUGAGCUUUAUCAAAAGUAUCAGAUAACUAUACACAAUGAUCCGCCAAAGAACCGACAAGCUUACAUGGAGCAUCUGCAACAAACACCCAUGAAGGAGUUUGUUAAGUACGCUGCUGGUUUCUUUUGCUUACAGCUGGGAAAAACUCAAGAUGGUCCGGAGAUGGGCUACGGCUCAUUCCAUCAGCAAUACUGGCUGGAUGAAAAGCUAAUUGCAGUGGGUGUUAUUGACAUAUUGCCCGGAUCGAUCAGCUCUGUAUACUUUUUCUACGAUCCAGACUACAGCUUCUUAUCGUUGGGUACUUAUGGAUCGCUUAGAGAAAUCGAUUUGGUCCAAACAAUUGCGGAAAGUGUGCCUGCCUUGAAGUAUUACUACAUGGGUUUCUACAUACACAACUGCCCCAAAAUGCGCUACAAGGGCAAAUUGCCGGCGUCGUACCUGUUGUGCCCAGAGACUUAUGUGUGGAUGCCGCUGACAGACGAAAUACGCGAUAAGCUUAGUGCGAAAAAGUAUCAACGCAUUAAUUCAGACGCCACAGCUAAGGAUGAGAAUGAGUUUCUGCUUCAGCAUUUAAACGACGUCAAGCUAUUAAUAGAUGCUCAAACUAGCAUCACUUAUCGACAGCUCUUGCAGCUCACCGGAAACUCUGCUGGUCGUGACAUGAUUAUUGAAUACGGCAAGCUUGUUGGCAAAGUUUGCGCACAGCGCAUGCUUUACGUGCAUAUGUCCUGAUUCAUCAUACAUCCUGAUUCAUUACUCAAGCAGCUGAUUUGCAAGCUUUCGCGCUAAAUUGUGUCAUUAAAAUUUAAUUGUUUUUAUUAGCAAAUGCAGAUGCAGUUUUAUUAUGUAACGAAUUGUUAAGAAUUGUUAAUAAACUAUGUUAUUGAAUUUAGUCUGCUUUGCAUUACAAGCGAACAACUGUAACUGAAACUAUUUGUUAAAAUUUGUAUUAACAAGUGUGCUAUCACUAAGCAUCGUU